UGUAACUACUGCCAAACUUCAAAUUUAAACAUCAUUAUUCAUCACAAUGUCUUGUAAGAAGAUUUCUCUCUACUUCUUACUCAUCUCUCAUCUCCUCUCAUUCACACUUGCUGCAACAAAUUCCUCGGAUAUAUUGUACGACAUUUACCCCUACGUAAGAGUGUACAAAAACGGCACAGUCGAAAGAUUCAUCGGUACACAAACUCUCCCGCCAUCACUCGAUCCAAUCAACGGUGUUCGAUCCAAAGACAUUUACGGUAUUGCCCCCAAACUCAAUGUCUCGGCAAGACUUUAUCUUCCUAAAAACACCGUUAAUCCGAAAAAGAAACUCCCUCUGUUAGUGUACUUUCACGGCGGUGCGUUUUUCACCGAAUCCGCCUUCUCUCCCACUUACUACAACCACAUGAACUCCCUCGUGGCAAAAGCCAACGUAGUCGCGGUAUCGGUAAAUUACCGAUUAGCUCCCGAGAACCCUCUUCCCAUUGGCUACGAAGAUUCUUGGCUCGCCCUAAAAUGGGUGUUUUCACAUUCUGAAGGUGGUAACGGCACCGAUCCGUGGCUCAAGAGCUACGUGGAUUACGGGCGUGUUUACUUAGGUGGAGAUAGUGCUGGUGCUAAUAUUGCACACAACAUGGCUAUCCGGGCCGGGCUGGAUAAAACGGGCCGGGUUAAACUACUUGGGAUGUUUUUAAACUGCCCACAUUUCUGGGGGAAGAAGCUGAUUGGGAGUGAAGGGGGCGGCGACCCUCAGAGGAGAGCUGUAAUGGAGAGUAUUUGGAUCCAUGCUUACCCGAAUUCAACGGGUUUCGACGACCCGUUGUCGAACCCGGCAAAGGAUCCGAAUCUUUCGAAGAUGGAUGGUAAAAGGGUUUUGGUUUAUGUCGCUGAAAAGGAUAUACUGAAGGAUAGGGGAUUGUAUUACAAGAGAACAUUGAGGAGGAGUAAAUGGAAUGGAAUCGUGAAAGCUGUGGAGGUGAAGGGUGAAGAUCACGUCUUUAAUUUACGAUUUCCGAACACCACCAAGGCCAUGAAAAUGCUGAACCACUUGGCUUCGUUUCUCAAUCGAGAUUGAGUGCAGAAAUACAUUUACUGUGUGUGUGUGUGUGUGUGUGUUUGCCCCUCAAGAUGAAGUAGGGCAAACUGAAUAAUGGUAUCAUGUUUUAUGCGUGUUAGUUUGUGUUUGGACAUGGUGUUUCAUGAGGAAAAACGUAAAUGGUAUUAGGUGUGUAAAUGAGCCGAGGCGGCUCGACAAAAGCUUGAACUCGAAGCCGAAUUUUUCGAGCUCGAGCUUUCUGACGAGUCGAGCCCGAGCUCAUUUUUAGUUGUCCGUGAACUCGCGAGCCGGUUCGCAAGUUUAUUUAUUUUUCAUUUUAGUUUAUUUUUGUAUCAAAUAUAAUUAAUAUAAAAUAAGA